GGCAUAAAGUAGUUGCGGUUCUGCCCACUAGCUGAUAGUUGCGAACUCGAGCCUGAAGUAAUUUCUGGUCAUAUUUAUUUGCGUUUAAUUUCUUUUCGAGAGCCGUCUACAGCACUUGCAAGACAUCCAGCCAAAGUACCUGCCCUGAGGCAAAACGAAACACACCGCCGACUCGGAAGGUCGUGGCCCAGGGACCAGUUUGUCGAAGAACGUUUGAAAGAUAUGGGGUCCUCUCUUUUUUGAAGUCUGAAUUUGUGGCAUUUGGCGUGCCUGCCCGGGACCCUCAACAUGAUGACCAAUGCUGGUGGAGCAGCUCCCCUUUGUGGAGAUCUGAAGGCUUUCUUGAGCACCAGUCAGAACAUCACAAAAAGUAAUAUUUCCAUGGUAACGCCAUCUAACUUCAACCCAACGAAGAUCACUUUAGGGCCAGUUAGUGUGAAUGUGGGGCCCUCAAUGAUCAUCAGCACACCUCAGCGAGUUGCCAACUCAGGGAGCGUUCUUGUGGGGAGCCCGUUCACUCACACGCCCACCAUGGUGGCCCAGAGCCGCCCCCCUCAGGUUGCAGAGUGGACUCCUGGGGCCAAACGAACUCAUGACAUCAUAGAGUCAUACUUCUCUGACCGGGACACCCUCUGUGCAGGCGACUCAUCCAGUAAGAGGCUGAAGAAGGGUGACAAGAAUGGAAAAGGCCUGAGACAUUUCUCCAUGAAGGUGUGCGAGAAGGUGCAGCAGAAAGGCACCACCUCCUACAACGAGGUGGCUGACGAGCUGGUGGCCGAAUUCACCAAUUCCAGCAGUCUGAUGGCCGCCGAUUCGCAGGUGUAUGAUCAGAAGAAUAUCCGCCGGCGUGUGUAUGAUGCUCUGAACGUGCUGAUGGCCAUGAACAUCAUCUCCAAGGAGAGGAAGGAGAUCCGCUGGAUCGGCCUGCCCACCAACUCAGCCCAGGAAUGUCAGAACCUGGAGCUGGAGAAGCAGAAGCGUAUGGAGAGGAUCAGGCAAAAGAGGGCUCAGCUACAGGAGCUAAUACUACAGCAAAUCGCGUUCAAGAGCCUGGUCCAGAGGAACCAGGCCAGCGAGAUGUCAUCCCAGGCCCCGCCCCCUCCUGGCUCUGUCAUCCAGCUGCCCUUCAUCAUCCUCAACACCAGCGUCCGCACUGUCAUCGACUGCUCCAUCUCUGGCGACAAGUGCGAGUACCUCUUCAACUUUGACAACACGUUUGAGAUCCAUGACGACAUCGAGAUUCUGAAGCGCAUGGGGAUGUCUCUGGGUCUGGAGAGCGGGAAGUGUUCCCCAGAAAACCUGCGGGUCGCCAAGUCUCUCGUCCCCAAAUCCCUGGAGAGCUACGUCACAGGCAUGGCAAACAGCUCUGACAGUGCUCUGUCAGGCCUCUGUGCGGACCAGGACACCUCGUGUUUGAUUGGUGGGCAGAGCCGCAGCCACAGUAGCACCGCCCCCUCCCACGCUUCUGAAUCCCGUGGACAGACGCCCAGCUCCUUCAACGAGGACGAGGAGGACGAGGACGAAGAGGACGAGCCUUCCUCCCCUGAAUGACUGACAGAUUCGACCCAUCAGACGGCCAGCACUGUCCCCCUCAGGGGCAGGACUCCCACUCAUGUAUGGCAGGAGCAAGAAGACGGGAA